GACUGGGAGACCCGGUGAUGUCACAAUAAGCAGGGAAACCUCACGUGCCUCCGGAGCGCCCUGGCAACUAAAAAAUCUCCCUGUACGAUCCUCCGGCGAUACCGAAUAUCGGGAGUGCGCGCCGGACGCUCAUCCGCGUGUCCGUCGGGGAUCUUAAAGGCGCAGCGACACCUGCAUCCUCUCCUGCGUCACACCGAGGUUCCCCUCACAUCUUAUGAACUAGAGAGAGAGAGAAGAGGAAGAGAGUGAGAACUAACCGGGGAAACACUCGACGUGUGAGCGCGUUUGGCAGAGGAGCGCGCGGACGGUGAGCUCGAGGUGUUGCGGGUUUUUCCUCGUCGCGUUCGGGUGGAGUCGAGCCACAUCGCGAAGUCUAAGAGCAGUGACACACUUCAGGUGGGUGGAACGCGCUCUUCGGCAGGACUCAUCAUGAAGGACGGCAUGGCCAACAACAGCACCGCCAGCAUCUCGCAGGCCCGGAAAGCUGUGGAGCAGCUGAAGAUGGAGGCCUGCAUGGACAGAAUAAAGGUGUCGAAGGCAGCAGCGGACCUGAUGGCGUACUGUGACGCUCAUAUACGAGAGGACCCGCUCAUCGUGCCAGUGCCGGCGUCAGAAAACCCGUUCCGGGAGAAGAAGUUCUUCUGCACGAUCCUCUGAGGCCGAGCCGCGGGUCCAGGAGCUCUGCACGCGUCUCUGCUGCUGCGUUUUCAGCAGUUUUCAGCUGUUUGAGCGCAGCUGCCGCAUCUGUUGAUGGUCCGAUCCCUCCUGCAGGGGGUCAAUUAACUGGCAACCCAGUCAGAGCGUCUCAUGUCUCGUUAAAUAGGUUCGUUAUUGCUUCGUAAAUUAGAGAACAGCCUUUCUCACUGCUUAUGGGAUGAGAGAUUUGUGUGUGCGUACGUGUGUGUGGGUGUGUGUGCUGGUUUUGGUUGGUUUUUGAAAACACACAUUUGUAUAAUGACAUGGGUAUGACCUACAAUGUUGAGGUGUGUGUGUGUGUUGGUUUUGUUGGAUUAUGAGGACAUGGCUUGUGUCCUUAUAAAGCGAAACUGUUAAACAUCAUACUUAACGUGGUCUUUUCACAUUCAAAAUGUGCCGCAUAUUUCAUUUGAGGGUACGCAUAUAGUAAGUGUUUUUUUUUACAGUAUAAAUACAUUACACCUAUGGAGAGUCCUUGUAAACCAUCAAAAUCAACGUGUGUGUGUGUACUGGUUUUGGUGGUUUUUGAGAACACACUUUUAUAUUAUGAUAUGGGUAUGACCUAAAAUGUUAAGGUGUGUGUGUGUGUGUGUGUGUGUGUGUACUGGUUUUGGUGGUAUAUGUGGACACAUAUGUGUAUACGAUGCUAGUAUUACAACAUUGAGGUGAUUUAUGAGGACAUGGCUUUUGUUCACAUUCAAAAUUUGCCACAGGUUUCCUUUGAGGGUUGGGUGUUGUGGUCAGGCCAUAUUUUAGGUGUUUUUACAGUAUGAUAUACAUUCCACCUAUAGAGAAUCCUUGUAAAACCACCAAAACAAGUGUGUAAUGGUUUUUGUUGGGUUAUGAGGACAUACCCUGUGUCCUCAUUAUGUGAAACUGUUAAACAUCUUACUUAAUGUUGUCUUUUCACAUUCAAAAUGUGCUGCAUAUUUCAUUUGAGGGUUUGGUUUAGUGGUUGGGCCAUACAGUAAGUGUUUUUAUACAGGAUGAAAUACAUAACACCUUUGGAGAGUCCUUGUAAACCACCAAAAUCGACGUGUGUGUAAUGGUUUUUGUAGUUUUUGAGAGCACACAUUUAAUUAAUGACAUGGGUAUCACCUAUUAUGUUGAGGUGUAGGUGUGUGUGUGUUUGUCUACUAGUUUUGGUGGUUUAUGAGGACACAAAUAUGAAUACAAUGUAAGUAUUACUACAUUGAGGUGAUUUAUGAGGACAUGGCUUGUGUUCCCAUUCGAAAUUUGCCACAGGUUCUCUUUGAGGGUUGGGUGUAGUGGUAGGGCCAAAUAUUAAGUGUUUUUACAGUAUGAAAAACAUUACACCUAGUGAAAGUCCUUGUACACCACCAAAACCAAUGUGUGUGUAUACUGGUUGUGGUGGUUUACAAGGACAAAAUAUCAUAUAGUGGCAUGGGUUUGACCUACACUGUUAAAAGUAAUUAAUUUCUUAAUUACUUAAAAUUGAGUUAACCAGUCACCUUAAAAGCAACAACUUGAUUUUACUUUUACAAAGUCAGUAAACCCAUUGACUUUUAGACGUAUGCACGUACUUUUGUGUUUGUUUACUUAGUAAUACUACUUAAUAAUGAUGAGUUUACUCUCUUUUUUACUUGUCACCUAAUCGCUUUUACAGUUUGUAAAUGUUGAGGUGUAUGUGUGUACAGGUUUUUGUAGUUUACAAGGACACUAAUGUGUUUAUGAUUUUAGUAUUACAACAUUCAUGUAAUUUAUGAGGACAUGUCCUCGUAAUGCAAAACUGUUAGAAAUCAUACUUGGUAAUCAUGUGGUCUUUUCGCAUUCAAAAUUUGCCACGGGUUUCCUGUGAGGGUUGGGUUUAGGGGUAGGGCCAUACAUUAAAUUGUUUAUACACCUGUGGAGAGUCCUCAUAACCCACCAAAACAAAUUUUGUGUGUGUAGCACGUGGUUUUGGGGGUUUAUUAGAACACAAAUGUGUAUAAUGAUAUUAAUAUGACAUGUCCUCAUAAUGCAAACAGUUCAAAUUCAUACUUGGUUUUUUACAUUUAGAAUUUCCCAC